GUUUCCUUUUAACAAUAAAUUUUAAUAAGAUGAACAGAUGAUGUCUUUCCGAUUCCAAGAUUCCACAAUUAACAUUGCAGCUAUCCAUUCUCUACUCUUAUAUUUAAACCCUUUUCUAUCCCACUUGCUUUUCAUAUCGAAAUUUUGAUUACCAUAUUUCUGUUCAUAAUUGAGCAACAAGCGACUGCAGUAAUAGAAGCUUUGGAUUUAGAAAUUUUGGAUUGAGAUUUUUUGUAUUAACAUGAAGAAAAUUUCCUUGGUCUUGAAUCCUGUUUGAUCACAACAUACGAAGUUUUAAAAAUUUAAAAAUUUGUAAAGUAAUACGGCGCUUAUGAUGUUGAUGAUAUCUUUUAAUUUCUACAGAUUCCAUAAAUAGAUCGCCAGCAGAAAGUCUUCAGUUUCAUGCGCGUUUCUCGUUCUUGCCUCAACCAAAUCACCUUUACAUUUCUUACAAUAGCGCUCGUUCAAGUAUAUCCAAAUAAAGAUUUAACUAAAGAGAGUUGGUAUGACAACUACAGGAAUUAUAACAAGAUCUUUCGUGGCUCUGAAUUUUUUGAAUUUGUUUGAUGUUUUCGUUUAGCUUUUGAUUUCUUUGCUUUUUUUUUAGAUGUCGUGUUUGUUUUAGUUUCAUCGGCACGAUUCUGUCUGUGCUGGACGAACCAUCAUCAAAUGGUGAUGAUGUUGAGAAUGACAUUGAUGAAUCAUUUCUUCGCAAUAACUCUUUUGGAUUUUCUUCAGGUGG